ACUCGCGUCCCUACUCCAGUCAAAUACUACUGGAAGCGCCGUCCAUUGCAACGUUUGUAGAAGAUGAGUAGCUUCGCGGACUCGGCGCAAGCUUCUGCCGGCGCGGCCGGCAGCUACUCGACCCGAUCGGGCCUCUCCAAGAGCUGGCGCACUGUCAAAACGCACGCGGGUGUGUACACUGGUGGUAAGGUGGAGCUGUUCAAUAGUCGCACAAGCAUCGACGCAGAGCCUCGCGCACUAAUGGCCUGCAUGCUGCACGACGACGUGGCCAUCAUCGAUGCGGAGACCGGAGAGCUGCAGCGUACCCUGCAGCAGGACGUCGAGGAUGAAGAGGCCAAGGAAUCCUUUGUGGUAUUCGCUGUACGCCCAGGCAAGAAGAAUCAGCUUGUGACGGCAGGCCGUAAUCUGCUACUUCGCGUGUGGGACCUGGACACGUUCAAGUGCGUACGCACCAUCAAAGCUCACGAUACACCCGUCCUGGCAAUGGGCUUCGAUCCGUCAGGCACGCUGCUGGCCACGGGUGGUAGUGACCGCACAGUCAAGGUUUUUGACGUAGACAAGGGCUUCUGCACGCACAACUUCCGCGGUCACGCGGGUAUCGUGACGCUGGUGCAGUUCCACCCAGAUGCAGCACGAUUGUCACUCGUGUCGGCCAGUGACGACGCCACAGUGCGCGUCUGGGACUUGUACACCCAGAAGCAGGUUGCGUGCAUCCAGGACCACAUGAGUCUCGUGACUAGCGUGGCCUUCUCCGAAGAUGGCUACACAAUGUUGUCUGCUGGACGUGACAAGGUGGUCAAUUUCUGGGACUUGAGGGAUCAGAAGCUGAGCAAGACGGUGCUAGUGCACGAGUCUGUUGAAGGUCUCGUGGUGGUGCCGCCGACUUUCAAGUGCGUCACAAGUAACAAGACUCAGGAUGACAAGGCGAUUUACUUCUUGACCGCCGGAGAGAAAGGCGCUCUGCGUCUGUGGCGAAGCAGUGGCAAUUCUUGUGAGACUCUGUUCACACAGAAAUCGGAUGCGUCGUCGGCGCUUACUUACAUGGAGCUACUGCUGAGUACUGCACGCCGCGAGGUUGUGGUCGUGUCUUCCGAGCAGAAUUUCCUUGUGUUCGACGAAAACUUGACUCGUCGCACGCAGAUUAUCGGCUACAACGACGAUAUCCUCAACCUCAAGUAUAUCCCCAAGGCUGACGCGAGUGGUGCACCGUCUGAUGUGCUGGCUGUGGCCACCAACAGUGAACAGAUCCGUCUUUUGAACCGCAGCACGUUAUCCUGCGAGCUUCUUUCAGGUCACACAGACAUCGUUAUGGCAUUGGCGGUGUCUCCUGAUGGACGAUGGCUAGUGAGUGCUUCGAAGGAUCGUACUGCUCGACUUUGGGACUUACGACCCACUGGUGGCAAGAAGAUGGGCAAGACUUUGCCACGCUGUGUGGCUACUUGUGCGGGUCACACGGAGGCUCUUGGCGCUAUUGUCAUAUCACAGCGUGCUUCCAGCUUCGCUACAGGUGCUGCUUUCUUUGUUACUGGUAGCUCGGACAAGACGCUCAAGAUGUGGAGUCUCCAGCCGCUUGCCGGAUCGUACGCUGCGCCUGCCAAGCCUGCACCGACAGAGCUGACGAUUUCUACGCUUGGCGCUGUCAAGGCUCACGACAAGGACGUGAACGCACUCGCUGUGUCGCCGAACGACCGCUUCAUCGCCAGUGCAUCUCAGGAUAAACUCAUCAAGGUGUGGCACUCGCAACAGGCUGGAGCUGGUCGUAUUUUGACGUUGGCUGGUGUGUGCCGUGGCCACAAGCGUGGUGUCUGGGCCGUCGAGUUUUCCCCGGUCGAUCAGUGUCUUGCCUCUGCCAGUGGUGACAAGACCGUGAAGGUGUGGUCGGCCAAGGACUUUUCGUGCUUGAAGACGUUCGAGGGCCACACUGCCUCUGUGUUGAAUGUGCAGUUUGCUUGUGCCGGAAUGCAGCUUCUGUCUGCCGGUGCUGACGGACUUGUUAAGCUCUGGACCAUCAAGAGCAACGAGUGCGAAGCUACGCUGGACAACCACGAGGAUAAGAUCUGGGCUCUUGCUGUGGCCAAAGACAGUUCCGAGAUGGUAAGUGGUGGUGCGGACUCGACUAUCAAUCUCUGGCGUGACUUCACCGAAGAAGAGGAACGUGCGCAGCAAGACGACAGAGACGCCAAGCUGCUGAAGGAGCAGGAACUGUUCAACUGUCUCCGUAACAACAAGCUGCUGGAUGCUGUGCAGCUCGCGUUCGAGCUCAACCACCCGAACCGCAUGCUGCAGAUUCUGCGCGACCUGCUUGAAGGACCACGACACAAGGACCAGCCUGUUCUCCCCGGCAAUAAGCCUAUUGAUCCCGACAACUUCUCACCCGAGGACAUUUUUGCGCCGGUGGUACAGAGUCUGGAAGACGAACAACUCACGACACUUAUGGAGUGGCUGCGAGACUGGAACACAAACGCUCGUAACACGAGCGUCUGCCAAGUUCUGGUGAGCACAAUUUUGCGUGAACUGCCUCCGAGCCGCCUGAAAUCGUUGGAAGGUGCUGCCAAGACAGUGGAAGCCUUGAUUGCUUACAGUGAGCGUCACUUCCAGCGCAUUGAUCGUAUGCUGCAGAAAUCUUACCUCGUGGACUUUAGUAUCGUGACUAUGAAGAGUUUGCUGCCGGUCGGUGAGAGUGACUCGGUUGUUGAAAAGACGGACAGUGACAGCGAAGCCGAGCAGGAAGAAGAAGUGAAGGCCAAGCAGCCACGGAAGCGUGGCAAUGCUGCUUGGACUGGGAAGACCAAGAAGCAGCGAGUGUAAGUUUGAUCCCUCAUAGAGCCCUCGAUUUUCAUUUUUCAGGCUUGUCGCCAGAGUAUUUGCCAUUCUUCUUGUCGA